AUGUCGGCAUUAAAUAAUACUACAAAAUUAGAAUAUCUCUCGUCAUCUACUCCCGAGUUUUCUAAUGUCAUUCAAACUACAACCACAACUAUAUUUUCUACAAUGGCUGUGGAUAAUGAAUUGUUAUUACCAUUAUUUUCUUUCCCUGUAAAUGUGGCUCUAAAAUUCACUUCAAUAUCCACUAAAUUAGUAAACAGACUUUUGUCCCUUGUUGGUUGGAUUUUAGCUAAGUCUUCUUGGAAAUUGAUUAAAUUGUUUUUCAUGAGAGUUCCGUAUUGGAUUCUCUAUUCAAAUUUCCAGAUCACUUUGCCUUUAAGCACUUUGUUUUUUGGAGUCUUCAUAUUAUUAUGUACCACCUACAUUUUAGUCAAUAAUCAUUUUUUGCACGCUUAUUCCAAAUUGAAACCUGGCAACGAGUUUGAAUCGGAAAAAAAAUUAAAGAAUAAAAUGCUACUAGACGAAAUGAUGUUUUUACAAUCCUCUUCUUUGUCCUCUGGAUCAGCCUCCGCAUUAUUGCCCAAUAAAAAGAACAAAUCUUCAAAUGGAAUCUUCAGUUCCUAUUUGGAUGAAUUCUUAAGUGCUAUCAGAAUUUUUGGUUACUUGGAAAAACCGGUCUUUCAUGAAUUAACAAAAUCAAUGAGAACACAGAGAUUAGAGGAGGGUGAAAUUCUAUUAUUAGAAGACUCAUUGGGAUUUGCUAUUCUAGUAGAAGGUUCUAUAGAAAUAUAUCACAAAGUAGAAGCCAAUAACAACGACUUCAAGAAUGAUUCCCGUGAUAUUCUACACAACAAAAAUAGCGCAAUAACCCAGGAUUUUUAUGAAAAUAGUGAAGAUGAAGAUCUUGAUGACGACAAUGAAGACCAUGCCAGCGUAAAAAGUAAUUAUUGUCGUAUUAAUGGCGAAAAAUUUCAGUUGUUAAAUAAUAUUAAAACAGGUAACCAAAUAUCUUCUCUAGUAAGUAUAUUGAAGUUAUUUACUAAUAAUAGUGAAAUUGAAAGAGAAGUAAAUUCCAUUUCUUCGUACCAAAGAGAUUAUUCAUUCAUUUAUAACUCGUUAAAUAAUCACAGAGAUUCACCUUUAUCUCCAACAAAUAUAAAGCCUAAUAAUUCAAUACCUUCCACUAUUAAUGAUACCUCUACUAAUACUGCCAAUGCUACUAAUACCAAUAAUACCAAUAAUGACAUUUGUUUUAAUUCUCCUCGUAGUACCACGCCAAUUACCAAAAAUAUGAAAAAUAUUAAUAUUGAAUCAAUUGAUCGUAAUUAUAAUCAUAAAACUACUGACAACGAAAGUAUUUCUCAGAUUCCAUCACAUGUAAAUAACCAAGAUGUUCAAAAUGAUAUUUUAGGCUCCUCACUUUAUGACAAUCAUGUCACACUACCAAAUUUGAUUGCAAAGGCCUCCGAAGACUGUACCAUUGCCAUAAUUCCAGCCGAGGCCUUCAAAAAAUUAACCACUAAAUAUCCACGUUCUGCUUCCCAUAUUAUUCAAAUGAUUCUAACGAAAUUAUAUCGAGUAACUUUCCAAACAGCUCAUAAAUAUCUAGGAUUGACAAAGGAAAUUAUACAUACCGAAGUUGUAUUAAACAGAAAUGUUAAAGUAGAACUACCCUAUUAUUUGAAGCAAACAAUAAUUAGGACUAUCAAUGAUGACUAUAAUUUGGUUUCUCCAGAUAGUAAAAAUAACAGCACUACCAACGAUAUCAAUAACAAUAAAAACAAUAAUAAUAAUAAUAAUAAUAAUAAUAAUAAUGCUAGUCAUACUACUACCACGAGUACGAAUACCAAUGGUAUCAGCAGUAGUAAUAGUAGUACUAGCAGUAGUACUAGUAACAGUAGUGCUCAUCAUAAUAAUGCUAGUAACAGUACAAUUACAAGCCCAUCGAUGCAUCUCAGAAAGUCUUUUAAUAGUAAGCUUGUUGUUGCAUCAGUAAAAUCGCAGCCUGGCAUAGUGGGUUCAAGAAAUGUCAUUUUAAAUUCAAAAGAUAAUAAAGUUCAUCCGGGUGAUUUACUUUCCAAUGUUCCCUUAUCAAGAGCCACAUUUGUGGCCGUACCGGCUUCAUCGCCUUCUGCUUCUUCUUCAUCGCAGCCCUCUUCUAUUGCUACUUCCAACAAUGCACAUAAUAUACAUGGUAUUAAGCAAAUCAAUUCCAAACAAACUUCCAGUAUUAGUGACAGUAAUAAAAGUGGUAUCAAUGCUAUACCAAAGUUAAAUGCCAGUUUUAAAUCGCAACUAAUGGAUUCAAAGGCGUUGUUAAAUAAUGAGAGAUCUCCUUCUCCAUCGAAUAGAAGUGGUGUCUCUAGAAACCAUUAUUUUGUAUCUCAACAUUCCGCACCAAUAGAUUGCUAUGGCUUUGAUUCCAAGAGUAUAUGUCCACCAAGUAAAUGCAAUAGACCACCAACACAGCAACAUCCGGAACAGAUUCACGAUGAAGGUUUGUUGACUAAAUCAUUUUCUGCCCAGGAGGAGACCGAGGAGAGUUCUUGGAGAAUUGCGCUAGUAGAAGGCAUAUUUUCGUACUUAGGUAUUACAAAAGAUAACAUCUUGCCCGGUCACACCUUACAUAAUAAUCGUUUACAACUUACAGCUCCUGAUUCUUCAUCCCUUUUCACUUCUAAUAGUAGGUUAAGUAGUAGAAGAACAUCUUUAUCCAGCAACACUUAUACUAUAAAUUCGAAGGAUGGUAUUUCUGUUUACAAAUUAUUGAAUCCAGAGAAUACUGCAAAAUCUAAAAGGAAAAAUACCAGUAACCAAAGAAUAAAUAAUAAAGAAUAUAAAGAAUGUAUGCCAACUAACUUGGAUUUUGAUACUGCCAAAAGGGAAUUUGCUGAAAAAUUAGAACCAGCCUAUAUUCCAAAGGGAAGCUUUAUAGCGAGACAAAAUUCUAUGAUUGCAGGACUAUAUUAUAUAAUUUCUGGCGAGUUGGAAGUAUUACAUACAGAUGAUAGCGAUGAUGGUAAAGAGAAAACUUUAUAUGUUGUUAAGUCAAAUGGUAUAACUGGAUAUUUAGCCUCCUUAAUUGGUUCGAAAUCUUUGGUAAGUAUAAGAGCUCGGUCAAAUUCAUAUGUCGUGUUCUUACCUUCGGAUUCAAUCGAGAGGCUAUGCAGUAAGUAUUUCAUGAUAUACUUGAGGAUAGCUGAAACUUUGACCGACCUACUAAGUCCUAAAAUUCUAAAGCUAGAUUAUGCCUUGGAGUGGGUACAAUUGGAUUCUUCAGAGGUUUUAUUUAAGCAAAAUGAUCCAGCUAGUGGAAUUUACGUUGUGAUAAAUGGUAGAUUGAGAGAAAUUUUUGAAAGUGAGAAAUCGAAAGAUAAGUCCGCUUUCAAAAAUAACAAGAAAUCACCUAGACAAAAGCAGGAAGCAAAUGAAAACGUACAUAUUAUUAGAGAGUAUGCGCAAGGUGAAAGUUUUGGGGAGGUGGAAGUACUCACUGCCUCUAGUCGUUUAUCUACGGUGAUAGCUAUUCGUGAUACUGAAUUGGCAAGAAUUCCAAGAAGCUUAUUUGAAAUUCUAGCUUUAGAACAUCCGUCAAUAAUGAUUAGAGUUAGCAGAUUAGUUGCGAAACAAAUUUUACAAAGAAAUCCCCAUUACUCCGAAGAACCUUCUAAAAUUGUUAGUAGUAAUGGUUAUAAAUAUGACUUUGAUCUAUCGAUUCCUCCUGCACCAAGAUCAACCAACAAUAGUGGAAGAAACCAGAAUUUAAAUAACUAUAGAACAAUAUGUAUUUUGCCUAUCACUAGUGGCUUACCUGUGGAAGAAUUUGCUCUGAAACUAACAUAUGCAUUUAAACAAGUUGGCCGAUCGGUAAUUGCUCUAGAUCAACGAGCCACUUUGUCGCACUUGGGUCGUCAUGCUUUUGAUAAAUUUGCUAAUCUAAAACAAUCUGGUUAUUUUGCUGAUUUGGAAGAGAAUUAUCAAACUGUGGUUUAUAUUGCGGAUACUCCGGUCAACUCAUCAUGGACCUCUACGUGUAUAGCUCAGGGGGAUUGUAUCUUGUUGUUGGCUAAUGCUGAUACUGAGCCGCAUAUUGGCGAAUAUGAAAGAUUAUUGCUAAAAUCCAGAUCAACUGUUAGAACAGAACUAAUAUUACUACAUGCUGAAAGAUAUGUUGAACCGGGUUCGACUUAUAAGUGGUUGCAUAAUAGGCCCUGGAUUGAUUCCCAUCACCAUAUGGAAUUUGUUGCUAGGAGGUAUACUAAUAGCGAUGAAGCUGGCACUACCUCUUCAACAGAAAAUAUUGUUGUUCAACACAGCAAAAAACACAAUAUUGUGGAGCGAUUUAAACAGCAACAUGAUUCAAUCACCAAAUUGACAAAAAAAACACAAGAGAAUUUUGCAAAACUAAUUCCAGAUUCCAUAAAAAGCACUGUAGCUAGAUACAGACAUAACAAGGGUUAUGAACUAUCCAUGCGCCCUCAUAAGAAUGAUUUUUUAAGGUUGGCUAGAAUCUUAUCAAAUCAAGCAAUUGGUGUUGUUUUUGGCGGAGGUGGUGCUAGAGGUAUUAGCCAUUUGGGUAUAUUAAAGGCUAUUGAAGAUGCAGGGAUUCCAAUAGAUUUGAUUGGUGGUACAAGUAUCGGCUCGUUUAUUGGUGGAUUAUAUGCUAAAGAUUUCGAUUUGGUGCCCAUUUACGGUCGUGUUAAAAAAUUCAGCGGAAGAAUAAGUUCGUUAUGGAGAAUGGUACUCGAUUUAACAUGGCCAUUUACUAGUUACACUUCAGGUCAUGAAUUUAACCGUGGUAUUUGGAAAGCAUUUGGUGAUUUUAGAAUAGAGGAUUUUUGGAUUCAAUUUUACUGCAAUUCUACAAAUAUUACUGAAAGUUUACACGAAAUUCAUUCUAGUGGGUAUGCUUGGAGGUAUAUUAGAGCGUCCAUGUCAUUAGCUGGACUUUUACCACCAAUGAUAGAUAGUAAUGGCUCGAUGUUAUUGGAUGGUGGAUACGUAGAUAAUUUGCCCGUGGCCGAGAUGAAGCGCAGGGGUUGUAACACAAUAUUUGCUGUAGAUGUUGGGUCAGUCGAUGAUAGAACACCGAUGGAUUAUGGAGAUUCUUUAAGUGGGAUGUGGAUUUUAUUAAAUAGGUGGAAUCCAUUUAGUUCACAUCCAAAUGUACCCAGCAUGGCAGAAAUACAAAUGAGGCUAGGUUAUGUAGGGAGUGUUAAUGCAUUGGAAAAGGCCAAAAAUACUCCAGGUGUUAUAUAUGUAAGACCGCCCAUUGAGAACUACGCCACGUUAGAUUUUGCUAAAUUCGAAGAGAUUUACAGGGUAGGGGAGGCUUACGGUCAUGAUUUUAUUGAAAAUCUAAAAGAAACACGUCAGAUGUCAAAUAUACCUGGUACAAUUAAUAGCAAUAAUAAUAAUGAUGAAAUGGUGGAGUUUUCUACUCCAAGUGUAUUACAAAGAAGAUAUAGUAUAUAA